UUUAGGGUGUGAACUGCAAAGCUGAAAAGAGUUGUUUUUUUUUUUUUUAAUUCUUCUUCAAUCGCUGCCUCCUCCAACUACUCUGGAACUGACGGCGGAGGAGGGGAGAGCCUGAGCCUCUCCUUCUUUCUUCACGCUCCUAUCUCCCUAUUCCUUCCUGUUUCCGACCAAGACUCUGAAUCAGAGGCUAUUUUAAGAUAAUGUUAAGAACAAAACAGCUCGGUACCUUUUCCCAUUGUGCGAGGACUUUCUUCCUUAGUGGUUCACGAUGUAAUACUGCAGAUGGAAGUUCAUGUACCUGCACUGAAGAUGAGACUUGUGUCUCACGGAAGCAGCAAAGAAGUAAUGAAGUUCUGCUUCCACAGAAGACCUCAGAACAAGCUGGAAGUCUACCUUUGGGAGAUGCAGUGGGAACAGUUAGUCAUCACAGAGCAGAGAUUGGUGCCUAUCAAGCUCCAGUGCGACAUAUUCCACCUACUCCUGCUUCUUUAGCAAGGUUUGAUGAUGCAAAGUAUGUUAGUGGCAAUAUCCAUGAUUCUCACAAGGAUUUGGUGCCUUCCUCCACUCAUGUUGCUGACCAUUUUGUUAAGGCUGGUAUUGCAGCAGUUAGUUUCCUUCAUGAUUUGGCAAAUUAUAAGCUUCCUACAUCAAAUGGAAGUGGGGCACUUCUCUUGCCCCAGAACUGUAUGGUUGAUUCUGCUAGGCCCAUUUCCAAUGUAAGGUCAUCAAAUGGAAAGCCCCAUAAAAGAGACUACUCCAAAUCCCAUGGAAAACCAUCAGUUGAUGUAGCAAGAGGGUCACACUCUACAACUCACUAUAAUGGUUCAAAAGGUAAAGCUGAAAAACCUGGACCUGGUACAGAGAGAGGUUUUGACAGUGUUCCAAGCACAGCAGCAAGGAAUUCAGCAGAGACUCGCAGCUGGCCUUCAGAUUCUAGUGAUGGGAGGCAGUCCAUACCACAGCGACAUGGUGAUUCAUACCAUUUUGUUGCCAAGUCCAAGGCAAAAGGACAGACUUCAGAUGGUAAAGUUUUUGGAUGCACUGCUGAAGGCAUUAAAUCUGUUGAUAAGGUUCAGAAGCCACAGAGAUCUACAAAAAUGCCAAUAGGGCCAAUAGGAACCACCUCAAUGAGCCGGCAGUCUGUAAAUGCUGGGCAGGCUGUGGAACGUGCUUAUCAUAUUCUGCAACAGAUGAAGUGGGGCCCAGCAGCAGAACAGGCUCUUGGGAAUCUUACCUGCACAUUCAAUGCAUAUCAAGCGAAUCAAAUUCUGAAGCAGCUUCAAGAUCAUUCAAUUGCUCUCAGUUUUUUCUACUGGUUGAAACGCCAGCCAGGGUUCAAACAUGAUGAGCAUAGUUACACCACCAUGGUUGGUGUUCUUGGACGUGCCAAACAGUUCAGUGCAAUAAACAAGUUACUGGAUGAGAUGGUCAGGGAAGGCUGCUGCCCUAAUGUGGUUACAUACAACCGAUUGAUUCAUAGUUAUGGUCGUGCAAAUUACAUGGUUGAGGCAAUCAAUGUUUUCUACCAGAUGCAAGAAGCUGGAUGCGAACCUGAUCGAGUAACCUACUGCACACUAAUUGACAUCCAUGCGAAGGCGGGGUUUCUUGAUGUUGCAAUGGACAUGUAUCAAAGAAUGCAAGAGGUGGGUCUCUCUCCUGAUACAUUUACAUACAGUGUUAUAAUCAACUGCCUUGGGAAAGCUGGUCAUCUAGCUGCUGCUUACAAGCUGUUCUGUGAGAUGAUUGCUCAUGGUUGUGUUCCCAAUUUGGUUACGUACAAUAUCAUGAUUGCAUUGCAAGCAAAGGCGAGGAACUACUCUAGUGCUUUAAAGCUGUACCGGGACAUGCAGACUGCUGGAUUCCGACCUGAUAAGGUGACAUACAGCAUUGUAAUGGAGGUCCUUGGUCAUUGCGGAUAUCUUGACGAAGCAGAAGCUGUCUUUGCAGAGAUGAAACUAAAUAAUUGGGCUCCUGAUGAACCUGUGUAUGGUCUCCUGGUUGACUUGUGGGGAAAAGCUGGCAAUGUUGACAAGGCUCAAGGAUGGUAUCUAGCGAUGCUCAAUGAUGGUCUACGCCCUAAUGUCCCAACCUGCAAUUCCUUGCUUAGUGCAUUCCUUAGGGUAUUCCGGUUUUCUGAUGCUCAUGAUAUGCUGCAGAGCAUGAUGAGAUUGGGUCUGCAUCCUUCGCUGCAGACGUAUACUUUGCUCCUUAGUUUCUGUACAGAAACACAAUCACCAGUAGAAAUGGGCUUUUGUUGUAAGCUUAUGGCCAUCACUGGCCACCCUGCUCAUGGAUUCCUACAGUCCCUGCCUGCUGCAGAACCAGACGGGCAGAAUGUACGAGAUCAUGCAAGCUACUUCUUGGACCUUAUGCACAGUGAGGAUAGGGAGAGCAAGAGGGGACUUGUGGAUGCAGUUAUAGAUUUCCUUCAUAAAUCAGGCCUCAAGGAGGAAGCAGGCUCAGUUUGGGAGGUCGCUGCACAGAAGAAUGUCUAUCCAGAUGCAGUAAGGGAGAAAAGAUCCUGUUAUUGGCUUAUCAACCUUCAUGUUAUGUCGGAUGGAACUGCUGUUACAGCCUUGUCAAGGACGCUUGCCUGGUUUCGCAGGCAAAUGCUUGCAUCAGGCAUUGUACCCAAUCGCAUUGACAUUGUGACUGGAUGGGGGCGGCGCAGCAGGGUAACUGGAUCUUCUCUUGUCAGGCAGACAGUAGAGGAGCUGCUUCAUAUCUUUCAGUUUCCUUUCUUUACUGAAAAUGGCAACUCUGGGUGUUUUGUGGGGUGUGGUGAGCCUCUUAACAGAUGGUUGCUUCACUCCUAUGUGGAGCGAAUGCACUUAUUAUAAUUGUUGGUUAUCUUAGUUCAAUUUGUAGCAUAAAUGUAAUUUUGUUUUGUAAAGAGGAAUGGUAGUUCUUUUUUAAUAUUAUGUAAUUUAAAUUCAAGGCUGUUCUUAUGAACAGCUGUGUUGAAUCAAAUAGCUUGUUGAGUUUCAAGAUUAUCGUCUGCACGGAACCAUUUGAUUUUUCUUGGUA